UCUGAUUUCUGACAACACUGUGUGCCUGCUCUUGUAUCAGCCUUUUUUGCGACUUAUGCAAAGCUAUAUCCAACGUUGAAGGCAUAUGAGUACGGAUUCCGGGUGUUCUUGCUGACCUAUUGCUAUGUAAUAGUGUCAGGAUACAAAACAGGGGAAUUCAUGGAUACUGCUGUUUCAAGGUUCCUUCUGAUAGCUCUUGGUGCAUGUAUUGGCCUCGUUGUGAAUACUUGCAUCUAUCCCAUAUGGGCUGGAGAAGAUCUCCAUAACUUGGUUGCUAAGAACUUUGUGAAUGUAGCGACUUCUUUGGAAGGUUGUGUGAACGCAUAUCUUGACUGCGUAGCAUAUGAUACGAUCCCAUCUAGGAUUCUGGUCUAUGCAGCUGUCACAGAAGACCCAGUGUACAGUGGUUACAGAUCAGCCGUUCAAUCUACAAGCCAAGAAGACACUCUGAUGGGUUUUGCAUCAUGGGAGCCACCACACGGUCCAUACAAAUCCUUUAGAUAUCCAUGGGCAAUGUAUGUGAAAGUAGGUGGUGCAUUGAGGCAUUGUGCUUUCAUGGUCAUGGCAUUACACGGCUGCAUUCUCUCAGAGAUUCAGGCUGCAGAGGAUAGAAGACAAGAGUUUCGCAAUGAGCUUCAAAGAGUAGGCAUAGAAGGAGCAAAAGUACUCAGAUACAUUGGGGAAAAACUAAAGAAGAUGGAGAAACUAAACCCAAUAAUAGACAUACUCCACGAGGUUCACCUAGCAGCCGAAGANCUGAGUGAAGACGACGAAAUCGUCGGACUGUUAUAG